UAGACCGUACUCGCAAACUGGUUUAUACCAUUACUUCCACUUCCUAAAUCUCUACCUCCAACACCCUCACCCUCACACUGGAAAGAAAGCGGCCUUUUCAAACAUGAAGUUGCUAUCUGUCCUCACGCUUCUGGUUGCGGCUAUUGGCGUACAGCAAACUUUAGGUCAUCCAGCUGCUGGUCCCGCUGAUAUUACCCCUAAUACUAAUGACCCCGUAGUCAAACAAUGGCUAUCCACUGUAGAUUUAAGUAAUGUACCUAAUUUGCCUGCCUCUAAUGGUGGGAAGGUCAAUUACAAUCCAACAUUGUGUACGCCGCCCACUGUAAUUCAACCAAACCAGGGUUCAUGGACAUGUCAAAAAUUCGUUGCUAACGAUGACAUUAUCGACUGUCCUGGUAAGAACACCUGGGGUCUCACGUAUGAUGACGGUCCAUCACAAUUCACGCCUGCACUAUUGACAGUAUUGGCUGCCAACAAACUUCACGCAACAUUCUUUGUCGUUGGUUCUCGCGUGGUAUCUCAUCCCGAGAUUGUCAAAAACAUGAUCGCUCAAGGUCAUAAUGUCGCAGUUCACACAUGGUCGCAUCCAGCUCUCACUUCUCUUAGUAACGAACAAGUUGUCACCGAGUUAAAAUGGACACUCAAGUCUAUCAAAGAUGCUUGCGGUCUUACCCCAAAAUACAUGCGUCCUCCGUUUGGCGACACUGAUAACCGCGUCCGCGCAAUCACAAAGGCAGUUGGUCUAACAACGAUUAUCUGGACUGACGGCUUUGAUACAGAUGACUGGGCCCUUACCACCGGCAAAUCCACACUUAACGAUGUACUCAACGUAUUUGAUGGAUUUGUAUCAAAGGCUGCUAGCAUGCCGCGCGGUUUUCUCGUACUCGAGCACGAUCUCUUUAAUCAGACUGUAAAUGCAGCCAUUGUUGUCAUUGGCAAGGCUGUCAAGACCCCUUUGACCAUUCAGACAGUUCCUGAAUGUAUUGGUGACCCUAACCCUUAUCUUGAAAACGUCUCCACCGGCACUAACGUGCACAGUCAACGGAUACUGGAUCUAGCCCAAGUAACGGAAUUGCCCUUGCUGUUCAUGCUGUAA